AUGAAAUGUGGAAGGUUGACGGCAGACAUGCGAUUUGCUCCAUUUUCCUGCCCUGAAAGAGGCUCUUGGAUCCAGGGCAGUCAGGAUAAGGACUUCUCUCUGAUGGUUCUUGAGAGCUUGCAACCUGCUGUCUGUCUCCACAAGUACCCCCGCUCACAAAUCGAGGUCAAUGUGAUGGUUCUUGAGAACUGUGGCUCUGUUUUGGGGCAUGCUGUCACCUGUGCAUCCCUGGCCCUUGCAGAUGCAGGUAUUGAGAUGUAUGAUCUUGUCCUUGGCUGUUCCAUGCGUCAGGACGGUACCUCCUUUGUGGUGGAUCCUACAUAUAAAGAGGAGAACUAUAGUGGCUCAACUGAUCAUCAUAAUCAAGGGGGCCUCACUCUUGCCUUCCUUCCCAGUCUGAAUCAGAUAUCCGGACUGCAGUCGGAUGGAGAAAUGACAGAAGAGACUUUGACCGCUGGGGUUCGCACCUGUAUUGAGGGGUGUUACAAAUUGUACCCCGUCAUUCAACAAGCUCUGACCAAAGCAGUGCGUAAGGCUGCUCCUCCACCCUCCGAGAGCUGA